AUGGCGAAAGCAAAUCCCGGUGAACCUAGGCCAGCACAAAUCAAAUGGACUGAAGACAUGCGCCUUACCCUCGACGUACUAAUGCUGGACUUUAACUUUGACCGCGAUACUGCAGUCGCGCUCUUCUCAGGCAUGUUCAAAGACCAUCUACGAAAGUGUAACGAUCCCGAGGUCAAUUGGCGCAAGCUGCAUGUCCAGCAUAAGGAGAAGAAGAGGGAAGCUGAUGCCGGACGAAUGCGCAAUUGGGGCUUCUGUAUGUUGACUGAUGAACAUGCUUUUGCCCGACGCAAUGCCGUCAAGGCAAAAAUCUCAAAGGCCAAAAGGGAGCUCAGCACGGUCGAUACGCCACCGACAACCUCACGCACAACGCCAGCUGCGAGACCGAAGCCUGUCACAUCCGCCGCGAACGCCAGCAAGAAGAUUACCCUCCCGACACCUCCUAGUUCGGCCAGCACACCAAGAACUUCGCUACCCAGGAAUGUCAGGUCGACUUGGAAAAAGAGAUCAGCUUCGAUCGCCUCGCUCACGGAAUCGGAAGACGAGCUGGUGGUCACGCCCCCUCGAUCCAACAAGGCGAGAAAAGUUGUUACUGCAGUCUCUCCGAACCAGCCAGCAGACCCGCCAGCCACGCCAGGUUCUCGAACGCAAGCGCUGAAGACUUGGCGGGAGAGCCGAACGGAUGCGACGGAGUAUGUCGAGAUCAGACCCGGCAAGGGCGCAUGGCUGUCAAUGGCGCGCGCAAUUGACGCACGAGGCCCCCCGGUAUGCCCUCACGAUGACAAAGCGCAUCCGAACGUCACCGGCCUGAUGUACCGCGUCUACGACGAGCAGAGCCAGUCUCCCUUAUCACCGCAUGGCUUUGUGGCCGGUCGUCACGCGUUAACGCUAAGGCUCCCUGCUUCUCCACCACCAACAAAGCAAUCCCCUGCAUGGAUUGACAUGGCUUUGCAUCUCAAUAGAGACAAAGUUCACACGCCGUUCGUGUCGUGCUCGAUCAAUCUGAUGUGGACCCUGCGUCUCGCUCUGGAGGAAGGGCAGCGAGGGCGCGAGAAGAAAAUUUCUAUCAUCGACAGCAGCCGCCUCGAGCGCAAGAAGGUGUUCUGGGCAAGACCUUUCCACGCAGCACUGUGCAAGGUCGUGCAGUUCACAAAGGGCGCAUUCUACUACCACGGCAAAUGGGAAUUCAUGAUCUACGACCGCAUCCCACGCAACGCCGUCAUCAAAACCGUCUCCGUGCAGGACAUCUACGACCUCGCGUCCCGCCUCCCAGACGUCGGCGCGACGCUUCGCCUGAACCAGAUCGCGAAGCUCAAUAAAGGCUACCUCAGUCAAGUCCUGCCGGCAUUGAAAGCACAGAACAUGAAGCUCACCGCACCCGUCAUCAAGAGCAUCGCCCGCAUCGCCGAGUUCCUCGGCGUCGGCCAUACCUUCCCCCUGUUCGUCAGCGGUAUCGUCUCCGACGUCAUCUCCGAAUGGGGCAUCGCCGUCUGCCGCCAGACCGAGCAGGAGUGGCUCGCGAAAGCGGACAUCUUCGCCACAACCAUAUGCAGCGGCGAGACCGUGCGCUUAAAGGACUUCUACCUCAUGAAAGCGGCGUUCCGGGACGGCGUGCGCUGGGGCAACGCGAGCGACUAUAACCCGCGCUUCGAGGUGGCCAAGACGAACCGGGCGGUGAAGAAGGCGGGGACGGUGGGCUUGGGGGGCUCGAUGAAGCCGCUGACGGAUGAGCUGGACGCGGCUAAGUUGGGGUUGAUGGUGUUUGAGAGAGAGGUGCAGAAGAGUUUACCACAGGGAGCUGGCGGCAGUGGCAGUGGCGUGAGGCGAGCUUUGCUGGAGAACGUGGGCGACGAUGAGAUGGAUGAGGCAGACGACGUGGCGGAAAACGACGACAGCGGCUUCGACGAAAGCAUGUUCGCUGACGACCGAGCUGCCGACGACGACGAUGGCGAUGAUGACGAUGGAGAAGAUGCGCUCCGGCAGUUCCGAGGAGAAUUGAUGAACGACUCCGAUGACAAGAGCAGCGUGUACGAGCUUUGA